AUGCCGGCACAGCUGUCGAUCCUUGCUCGGGCCCGCCAGAGAUCGCAGAUGACCGAUGACACGGCGCUGUCCAACAAGAGCAGCAAGGGCCACGACAACGACGACAAGAAUGGCAGUGGGACCGCCACACAGGAAAAGACGCGCAAGCGGGUUCGCCAAUUUACGUCCGACGACCGCGCGGCCCACCGCAUAUUUGAACGGUGGCGGCGCGAGGCCUUUCGCGAGAAGCUGAUCGAACUCGCCGAGAUGCUGCCCAGCCUGGCAGGCGCCGACAUCGACCGUCUGUCCAAACAUACGGUGGUGCACGAGUCCAUUUCCAGACACCACGAGCAGACCCGGCAGAUCGACACCCUAACGCGCGAGCGCGAUGAACUGCGCGACGAAGUGACGCGGUGGCGCACACAGGCUGGCUUUCCUGCUGCAGAUACGUCGCGCUCAGGUCCGGGGAGUGAAGCAGAGCUGGAACUGUCGCCACCCUUGUCAAUGUCUCUGCCAAUGUCUCUCUCUGUUGCGAUGCCCCGAGAGCAGCAACAUCCAACGGCACCUGCUCUUCUUCUUGACAGUGCAGUAUUGUCGCUGCCACAGGGCGAAAUGAACCAUGGUGUAUCAGACGUUGUCAACUGGUCUUGGACACCUCCGUUCGACAUGGAUAGAGAUAUGGGAGAGGCAGACGUGUCGCUUUCCUGGAGCAAUUUUGACGAUACAGAUAUCGGACAACUUGUUUCCAGCUCUAUGGGGCCGCUAGCUCCUUCUAUGCCACCGGAAAGGCCGAGAAACGAUGGGCGUCACGAUAUUGAAGAUGUGAUUGUGGUCAAUACAUCAGACUACAGCCGGCAGCAGGCUUUAAUGCAGCCGCCAGAGGAGAUUCUAUGGACGGUGUCAUGA